CAAUAGCGGCUCAGCAUUCCGAGCGUCUGCCCCUUGUUAUAAGUAUCGAACUCGGUAAACUGUCAGAUUGUUGUAACUUGCUGGAAUUAACAAGCAGGGUGGAUGCAAGAAAAGAUGUCACGUCCAAGCGAACAGAUGUACCUGCACAUAGCCUUGGUGAUCUUCGUGUGUGUCCUGGUGAUGAGCACCAAGGCAGAAUGCAGCAGCUUAAAUGGCGAACACAUGGAUAGAGACAACAGGGGCGACAAAGUACCAAAAUCAGGUGGUCUGAGUGGUCUUUUACUUAAACACUUACGAUUUCGAGAAUUAGAAGACCCCAACGUCCCCCGGGAAUCCAAUACUAUUGACGAGGAACCAGGAAAAGAAUACAGCAAACGAUCAGACGACAGGGCCAUCUCUGCCCUUGCUGAUGUUCUGGCCAGCAUGAGACAGAAACAACACGGGAGUGGCUUCAGGAUGCAGACGCUCCGAUUCGGCCGCAGGAGGUAAACAAACGACCUUGAAACGGAUGUGACGUCACUAAAUCCAGACUCGUCCACGCGUGGCCAAAGAUAUUUUCUUCAAUUUUGUUUGGUUUUUAUUAUGAGACGCGUGUCGAUCACCUGUGCCAAUCUGACAAUACCCCUUGUGUGCCUAAGACUGAUAGUCAUGUACCUGUAAGAAGCAACUUUAAUGAAAAAACAUUCUCUCCACGGUUAUUUUGUUGUAUUCGUAACACCAAGUUCAUAGUUGCCAAAGUAGGCCACUAUCAUCAAUGUGAAUCCCCUUGCAUUACUAAAUAAUGUCAAUCAUGGUGCAUCUCAGGCUGUUCCCUUGGGGUUUAGUUUAAAUUAAGCCGCACGUUUUCUGAAUACAGGCGUGUCGUUGUGGAAGAUACUCUGUAAACUGGUUUAAGUCCCUAGAAAUCCUGUCAUCCGUUAGCGUGUUCAGGCACCUUGAGUGCCUGCAAUGCUCUACUAAUGCCGUUCGCACAAAGAAAGAUACCGGGAGGAGAUAUGUUUUAUGGAUAAAUCGCUGGACGUUUCAGAGCGCCCCGCUCUACAGAUAGAUUAGCUUUUGACCCCGAGUUUUGAUUUUCGAGCACGUAUUGUAAAAAAAAUAGAUUUCAAAAAUUGCUCAUUUCAUCUGCCCGAACCAAGUCGCUAAUCCGUUGGAACCUGAUGUAUUUUGCAUAUGAAUAAAAUGACUUCGAAAUAUA